GAUCAAGCUGUGAACGUGAUUUGCUGGAAGCUGGUCAUUAGUGUUAGAAAUCUGGUCUUAUUUAUUUGGUCCUUCACCCUACCAUGACUAUUCAAUUAUUAUUAUUGACUUUUCAUCUUUUUUCAGGUUGACGAUGUGUCAAACCGUGUAAGGGAAUCGCAUGGAGAUGGGCAUUCCGAACUGUUAAUGGGGACAUGGGACUCCAGUUGUCUCUGAUCACUUGUGUGGAUUUUCCUGGUGUAGAACGACAGAAGCCGCUAGUAAGUCGCCAAGACCUACGGCAGGAAUUCUGCACGAAAGGGCAUCACACCUUGUUAUUUUAAUUUGCGUCUGGGAGAAUGUCUGAGCCAGGAGACCUGAGUCAGGCAGUAGUGGAGGAGGGCGGGACGGAGCAGGAAUCGGCCACUCCAGAGAACGGGAUUGUGAAAUCGGAGAGUCUGGAUGAAGAGGAGAAGCUGGAACUGCAGAGGCGGCUGGCAGCUCAGAAUCAAGAAAGAAGAAAAUCCAAGUCAGGAGCAGGAAAAGGUAAACUGACUCGCAGUCUUGCUGUCUGUGAAGAAUCUGCUAGACCAGGAGGUGAAAGUCUUCAGGAUCAGGAAUCAAUUCAUUUACAGCUUUCCAGUUUUCCCAGCCUGCAAGAGGAUGAUAAAUCUAGGAAAGAUGACUCAGAAAGAGAAAAAGAAAAGGAUAAAAACAAAGAUAAAACCUCUGAAAAACCCAAGAUCAGAAUGUUAUCAAAAGAUUGCAGCCAAGAGUACACGGAUUCUACUGGCAUAGACUUGCAUGAGUUUCUGAUUAACACUUUAAAGAAUAAUUCCAGGGACAGGAUGAUACUCUUGAAAAUGGAGCAGGAAAUUAUUGAUUUCAUUGGUGACAACAAUAAUCAUUAUAAAAAGUUCCCUCAGAUGUCAUCCUAUCAGAGGAUGCUUGUCCAUCGGGUGGCGGCUUACUUUGGGCUGGAUCACAAUGUGGAUCAAACAGGGAAAUCUGUUAUCAUCAACAAGACCAGCAACACAAGAAUACCAGAGCAAAGGUUUUGUGAACAUUUAAAAGAUGAAAAAGGUGAAGAAUCCCAGAAGCGGUUUAUCUUGAAGCGAGAUAACUCUAGUAUUGAUAAAGAAGACAAUCAGUCAGUUUGCUCCCAGGAAAGCCUUUUUGUGGAUAACAGUAGGCUCUUGGAAGACAGUAACAUAUGCAAUGAGACCUAUAAGAAAAGACAGCUCUUUCGGGGCAACAGGGAUGGCUCGGGGAGAACAUCCGGGAGUCGACAGAGCAGCUCAGAGAAUGAGCUCAAGUGGUCGGACCACCAGAGGGCCUGGAGCAGCACAGACUCAGAUAGCUCCAACCGCAAUCUCAAGCCCACCAUGACCAAGACGGCCAGUUUUGGGGGCAUCACGGUGCUGACCCGGGGUGACAGCACAUCCAGUACCAGGAGUACCGGGAAGCUGUCCAAAGCAGGCUCCGAGUCUAACAGCAGCACAGGCUCCUCGGGGUCUCUGCCCCGCACCCACGCACCCCUGCAGAGUGCGCCCCUGGCUGCGGGCGUGGCCGCUGGCUCUCCCAGCUGUGUGCCCUAUCCUGAGAGUGGAGCAGGGGGCCAGCCAGCCCCCAGCACCAGCUACAUCCUCCUUCCCCUCGAAGCUGCGACAGGCAUCCCGCCCGGAAGCAUCCUUCUCAAUCCGCACACAGGCCAGCCCUUUGUGAAUCCCGACGGAACCCCUGCAAUAUACAACCCCCCCACCAGCCAGCAGCCCCUGCGAGGGGCGAUGAUGGCGCCAUCCCAGCAACCGCCGCCACAACAGCCUUCUCCUCAGCCCCAGCAGCAGGUGCAGCCACCGCAGCCCCAUAUCGCAGGCCCACUGGUCACUCAGUCGGUGCAGGGGCUGCAAGCUUCCUCCCAGUCCGUGCAAUACCCAGCGGUCUCUUUUCCUCCCCAGCAUCUCCUGCCUGUGUCUGCAACGCAGCAGUUCCCCAUGAGAGACGACGUGACGACACAGUUCACCCAGAUGAAUCUGAGCCGGCAGUCCUCAGGAGAGACUCCGGAGCCCCCACCUGGUCCCGUCUACCCGCCGUCCCUCAUGGCACAGCCAACCCAACAGCCGAGCUAUGUCAUUGCCUCUACAGGCCAGCAGCUCCCUACAGGGGGGUUCUCAGGCUCUGGACCUCCCAUCUCCCAGCAAGUCCUCCAGCCCCCUCCCUCUCCACAGGGAUUUGUCCAACAGCCUCCACCUGCUCAGAUGUCCGUGUAUUACUAUCCAUCUGGUCAGUACCCUACCUCAACCGCACAGCAGUACCGGCCCCUGGCCUCCAUUCAGUACAGUACUCAGAGGGCUCAACAGAUGUCCCAGGCAGCACAGCAAGCAGGUUACCAGCCAGUCUUGUCUGGUCAACAGGGGUUCCAAGGCCUCAUAGGAGUGCAGCAGCCGCCCCAGAGUCAGAGCGUGAUGAGCAACCAGCCAGGAGCUCCGGUGCAAAGCGUGAUGGUCUCCUACCCAGCAAUGUCUUCUUAUCAGGUGCCAAUGACCCAGGGUUCUCAAGGACUGCCCCAGCAGUCAUACCAACAGCCAAUCAUGCUACCUAACCAGGCAGGUCAAGGGUCACUCCCAGCCACUGGAAUGCCUGUUUACUGUAAUGUCACACCGCCGACCCCUCAGAACAACCUUAGGCUGAUUGGUCCACACUGCCCCUCCAGCACUGUCCCCGUGAUGUCGGCUAGCUGCAGGACAAACUGUGCAACUAUGAGCAACACCGGGUGGCAGGUCAAAUUCUGAGUGCUCUGGCUGUGGUACAUUUCUUGUGAUCCUCCUCAUGGCCUUUAAGGGAAGAGGAGCAAGGUGGGAGACUGGCUGAGGACUUAAGUAUUCACUCAACACUCAAAUGAUUGCUGCUGGUAUUCUGUAAAAAAACAAAAACAAACAAACAAACAAAAAAAACAAAGACUAAUACACACAUUAGCUGGUUAAUGGUGCAUAUUUCUGUCAUGUCUGCUAGGUAUGCCUUUAUAGCUUAGCUAGUGACAUGAAUUCAUCAAGGUAAGAUUUUCUCCUACCACUGAAUACCACUGUGUAGAUUAUAAUAUCCCUAAUUUGGAUUAUUAGUUUUGUACUUUGUGUUGAGUUUGUGAUGCUAAAAGUAUUUAAAAAUUAUAUACUGAAAUCACAUUGUACCAAAGCUGUAAUGGAAAAGAAAAGAAUUGAUGAAUGGAAGGAAUAAUUUAUAUACAUUAUAGAGUUUUCUUUUUUAAUGGAUAUAUACUGUAUUGUAGUGUUUAAUCAAAAUAAAACUAUUUGACCUUAUGGAGGAAGGUCAUGUUUUUA